UCCAUCCCAGCGGCGUUAACUGGGCCCUCACCCCAAGGCUCCCUCCCAUCCCCGCCUCCCUUCUCUGCCCUCUCCGCCAUCGUUCCCCCAGGGCAGACCCCUCUCCGGAUCCCGCCUUCCAACGGAGCAAGAGUCCCUGGAGCUGCCUGAGCCGGAGCGCUCCGCUUCCAGGCUGGUCUGUCCACUCUUCCUCUCAGUCCCUGCGCCGCCGCCGGAGCCAGAGUCGAGCCAGGAGCGGCCAGGCCAGCUACAGGUGUCCCAGCCAUGGAGCGGCCUCCGGGAAAGGAGCUCGCCCUGGCACCGCUCCAGGAGUGGGGUGAAGAGGAAGUGGACGGAGCCGUGUACAAUGUCACCCUGCGGAGGCAGCGCAGUCAGCGGCCUGGCCAGGGAGGGAGCCGAGAGAGGGGGAGGGGCCAGGCUCCAGAUCCUGGGCGAUCUGAAGAUUUCGUGCAUUAUCGCACCUGCAAAGUUCGGGCGCUGCGCGCAGCGCCCCUAGAGCGUCUAGUACUGGAGCUGGUGCACGGGGAUCAUGAACAGGACCCGGCCUUUGUGCCGGCCUUCCUGGCCACACACCGUGCCUUCGUACCCACCGACCAUGUACUGGGUCUCCUGCUGCCGCUGCGGCAGGUCCCAAGACCCCAAGGGGAAGGACAGGAGGAACAAGGUCAAGGUCACUUGGAUCUGAACCAGGAGCAGGAGUCCAGGGCAUUGAUAUCUGUGCUGGGCUCCUGGCUGCUGGAUCACCCCCAGGACUUCAAAGAUCCCCCUGCUCACCCCAACCUGGUCCAGGUUUGUACCUUUCUGAGUUGGGCAGCCCCAGGUGGGGUAGAAAGCCAAGAAGCUGAGAGGCUGCUGAAGCACUUCCAGGAGGAAGAAGAGUUGGAGGUGGCCAAGAAACUCCAGGAGGAGAAAGAGGGGGCCAAGGAGGCCCCAGAAGUGCCAGAGCCUUCUCAUUAUGGGUCUCCAGGCCCAGAAAACCCCCUGGAGGAGGAAGAAGAGCAUGGAAAGGAGUGGCCAGAGCUGCUGGAUUUCAGUGUGGAUGAGGUUGCUGAACAGCUGACCCUGAUGGACAUGGAACUUUUUUCUCAAGUAUGCCUUUGGGAGUGCCUAGGCUCUGUGUGGUCUCAUCGGGAUAAAGCAGGGGGCCAUGGGACUGCCCCCUCUGUCCGAGCCACCGUGGCCCAGUUCAACACAGUAACUAGUUGUGUCCUGAGCUCAGUGCUGGCGGGACCAGGACUGUCUCCACCUCAUCGGGCCCAACGCCUAGAGAAGUGGAUCUUCAUUGCUCAGCGCUGUAGGGAGUUGAGGAAUUUCUCAUCCCUCCGGGCUAUCCUCUCAGCACUGCAGUCCAACCCCAUAUACAGACUCAAGAGGAGCUGGGCAGCUGUGAGCCGGGAGCCACUGUCCAUAUACCGGAAACUCUCCAAUAUUUUCUCUGAUGAGAACAAUCACCUGAACAGCCGAGAGAUUCUCUCCCAGGAAGAAGCCCCCUUGACCUCCCCUGAAGAGGAGACAGCUCCAGGAGUCUCUCCCUUGAAAGUGCCCCCUGGUCCUAUCCCCUACCUGGGCACCUUCCUCACUGACCUUGUCAUGCUGGACACAGCACUGCCUGACCUACUGGAGGGAGAUCUCAUCAACUUUGAAAAGCGUAGGAAGGAGUGGGAGAUCCUAUCCCGUAUCCAGCACCUUCAGCGUCGCUGCAUGAGCUAUAACCUGCCAUCUCGGCCACCUGUUCUUGCUGCCUUCCGUGCCCAGCGUCCCCUCAGUGAAGAACAGAGUUACCGCAUGUCCCGGGUUAUCGAACCCCCAGCUGCCUCCUGUCCCAGUUCCCCCAGGAUCCGGCGACGGAUAAGUCUUACUAAGAGACUUAGCGCGAAGCUGUCUCGGGAAAGGGGCUCCUCUCCCAGCCACCAGCCUGGGGACCCCCCCUCUCCCAGCCCCAGCCUCUCUUCAGGUUCCUACCCACCCAGCCCUGGAGAUGGGGACCCUCUGAAUUUCAGCCCUCCUCCAUCCCCAGGGGCAACUGGUCUGGGCCACAAGGGCACUCUGGAGCUGCCUCUGGGAACCGAAGCUCCUGAGCUCCAGCAGGUCCCAACCUCCCCUGGGAGCAGUGCCCGAGCUUUCCACCCAGGGCAGCAGACCCCGGAUGCCUGUGUCAUCAGAGUCAGUAUUGACCACGACCCUGGGAACCUUUAUCGGAGCAUUUUGCUCACUAGCCAGGAUAAAGUCCCAGGUGUGGUUCUCCGAGCCCUUCAGAAGCUUCACCUGGAGCAGCCACAGCCCCGUGACUAUCAGCUGUUCCAGGUCCUGCCUGGGGCCCGGGAGCUCCUGAUCCCAGACAACGCCAAUGUGUUCUAUGCCAUGAGCCCAGCUAGCCCUGGGGAUUUCGUGCUGCGGAAGAAGGAGGGCGCUCAGUCCCCACCCUGAUGACUGACUCUCCUGGCUGGGAGGACCCCAGGCUUGGACCUGUCUGAGGGAGCCUAGGCCAUCUCAGAGGGACGUCUGGCUGGGCCGAGGCACUGAUCCCAACAUGAACCCUGGUGCCCCCACACCUUUGUCUCCGUGUCCUCUCUGGGAAACUAGGACAAGUAGUCCCCUGAAGGGGAUGGCAUUAUGUGCAGGCCCUUAGUCCGGCCACUAGAUGGCAAGUGUCUAGGGUUGGUCGGCAUGGGUCCAAUGGAAAUUGAGACCCAGACCUGACUUUUGGGUGGGAAAGGCAGAGUUAUAUCUGUGAGCAUCCAGGAGCCCCUUUUUUUUCUGCCUUCACCCUCUCUAGGGCCCCACCAGGGCCACAGAUACCUUGUAAUCCCAGGCCCUUGUAGAAAAAGACAAGAUUGGGUUUGUUUAGAAAGUCAGCCAGGGGAGACAUGGCCAGAAGCUAGAGGCUGCUGCCUUCUCCUGCCCUCCCAGCCAGCCACCCAACCUAACCCAGAGCUCUGUUCCCAGAGACAGUUGGCUUACGGGUUACCAUUGCAAAGGACUUCAGGGGCUACCUAGCCCAGUGCCCACCUGAGCAAGAAUGUCUUCAAUAGUGCUAAAAAGUGGUCAGCCUUGUCUGAGCCCUCUGGUGAGGAGAAACCCUUCCCGUUAACUCCCCUCUCAAAGCCAAAGUUUUUUAUUCUUGAUAUAAUUUGGGGGCUUCUUUCUUUUCACUAAGCUUAAAUCUGCCUUUCUGCAA